UCGUGUUCAUCUUCCUCGUCCUUCACCUACGACAGAAUACCAUUGCUCCGCCGUGUUUCUUUCCGUCGUCAUCAGAUCUACCGUCUUCAGGUCAGUACAUCCGUCGUCAUCAGAUCCGUUGUGGCUGUCAUCAGGUUCGUCGUUGUUGUCCCCGAGCUAUGGAUGCUGGUGUUAAGUUACAUGACUCAGACUUUAGAUUGCAGAUAUUAGCUUUGUGGUGAUGUAUCUAGAAGCCGUGCCUCCGAUCGGAUAAAUAAAAGAGGAGAAUCAGUGGAUGAUAAGAUUAAAAACUUGAUGUUGAGCUCUGCAAAUACAGAGAGCAGAUUCAAAAGACACGAUCUGGUCCUGUUCAACAAGCUCUCAAAGCUCGUGCUAUGAGGCUUCUGAAGCAGAAGAAAAUGUAUGAAGGACAACGCGACAUGCUUUAUAAUCAGACAUUCAAUCUCGAUCAAGUCUCUUUCGCUGCUGAAGGUCUCAAAGAUGCUCAACAAACUCAAAUGCAUAUCUCUCUUUGUUUCUAAGCUAUUGUCCACGCCUCUGGACAUGGCUAGGUCAUAUAUGCGAGCUCGACUGCCAUGGGGAUCUCUGUCUGUGAACAAUUCAGAGUUUUGGUCACCAUCAUCAGCAGGGAUGCAACUUCUUAAGGAAGGAACACCAUUUUCUUAUAAUGCUGGAAACUUAUCCUCUUCCAAGGACUUUGAGUAGGAACAAACUUAACGGGACUAUCCCUGUGUCACUCACUGGUCUUCUGAACCUGAUAAAUCUUCUUUUUGAUUCCAAUAAUCUCAAUGGCCAGAUUCUUCAAACUCUAUUUCAGAUCCCAAAAUACAAUUUCACAGGAAACAACUUGAAUUGUGGUGUUGGUCAACCUCACCCUUGUGUAUCUGAGGUUGCCCGUUCAGGUGAUUCAAGCAAGCCAAAAACUGGCAUUAUUGCAGGAGUUACUGUCGUCCUCUUUGGAAUCUUAGUGUUCUUGUUCUGCAGGGAUAGACAUAAAGGAUACAAACGUGACGUGUUCGUGGAUGUUGCAGGUUGGUUCGUGGAUGUUGCAGCUGUACCACCUCAAAUUGGUUUGGUCUGUUUUGUGUUGUGGUUUGUUUGAACUUUAUAUAGUGGUGCUGCUCAGAACAUCAACAUCAGCACCAGAAUGAAUUUAAAAAGUUUUACAAAGUAUUAAUCUAUAUUUGCUGUCAA